AUGGUGAAGCUGUUCAUUAGAAACUUGCCCUGGGAGGCCACAGAGCAAGAGAUCCGCUCACUCUUUGAGCAGUAUGGGAAGGUGCUGGAAUGUGACAUCAUUAAGAACUAUGGCUUUGUGCACAUAGAGGAAAACACAGCGACGGAGGAUGCCAUCCAGAAACUGCACCACUGUAAGUUGCAUAGGGUAAGCAUCAGUGUGGAAGCCAGCAAGAGCAGAGCUUCAACCGAGUUACAUGUGGGUAACAUCAGCCCCACCUGUACCAACAAAGAGCUUCGGACCAAAUUUGAGGAAUAUGAUCCAGUCAUCAAAUGUGACAUCAUGAAAGAUUAUGCAUUUGUACACAUGCAGCAGGCAGAAGAUGCAGUGGAGGCCAGCAGGGGCCUUGAUAACACUGAGUUUCAAGAUGGAAUGUGUGUGAACUGA